AUGUUCACUAAUAUCCCACGUGUUUUUCUUGCCCUCUCCAGGUGUUAUGUAGAAGACAGAAGCUCCAAGGUAGCCUGGUUAAACCGCUCUGGCAUCAUUUUUGCUGGGGAGGACAAGUGGUCSCUGGACCCUCGAGUAGAGCUGGAGAAAAGGAACCCACUGGAAUACAGCCUGCGGAUCCAGAAAGUGGAUGUCUAUGAUGAGGGGUCCUAUACCUGCUCAGUGCAGACACUGCAUCAUCCCAAGACUUCCCAGGUUUACUUGAUCGUGCAAGUUCCACCAAAGAUCUCCAAUAUCUCCUCGGACAUCACCGUGAAUGAGGGCAGCAACGUGACCCUGGUUUGCAUGGCAAAUGGGCGUCCCGAGCCUGUCAUCACCUGGAGGCACCUCACCCCAACAGCAGGCAGAGAGUUUGAAGGUGAGGAAGAGUACCUGGAGAUCCUGGGAAUCACACGAGAGCAAUCGGGCAAGUAYGAAUGCAAAGCUGCCAAUGAGGUUGCUUCAGCAGACGUCAAGCAAGUCCGGGUCACUGUGAACUACCCUCCUACUAUCACAGAGUCCAAGAGCAACGAAGCGGCCACAGGACGACAAGCCUUACUCCGGUGUGAGGCGUCAGCAGUACCCACACCUGAUUUUGAGUGGUACAGAGAUGACACCAGGAUAAACAGCGCCAACGGUCUGGAGAUAAAGAGCACGGGGAGCCAGUCUCUGCUGAUGGUGGCCAACGUCACUGAAGAACACUAUGGGAACUACACCUGCGUGGCUGCCAACAAGCUGGGAGUCACAAAUGCCAGUCUAUACCUUUACAAACGAGUUUUACCCACACUCCCCAAUCCUUUUCCAGGACCCGGCACGGGGAGAGUAGACAGCGGCUCCAUGAGCUUGGCCGUCCCACUGUGGCUGCUGGCAGCGUCCCUGCUCUGCCUUCUCAGCAAAUGUUAAUACAGAUCAGA